AUGGCCAAACGGAACGAUACAAGCAAGUGGCUCAGCGGUCCCGUGGAGGAUGUCAGUCCUGCCGAAGACUCGGACUUUAGCGAUACGACUUCUAAUUACUCUACGAUAUCCGAAGACGCGCUUCCCCUUAUUCACGAGUACGGUCAUACAUAUCAUGGCUCAGGCCAGCUCCUUACGCCGAAUGAUGCGUCGGAAGCGCAUCGUUUGACCGUUCAGCAUGAGCUUUACCAGAUGUGUCUUGACGGCGGGCUUGUCGACGCCAAGUUACCCCUCGAUCAAUACACCAUAGAAGAACCGUUCGAGAUACUGGAUAUUGGCGCUGGAAGUGGUGUGUGGGCUUGCGAUAUGGCCAAACGAUAUCCCCAAGUCAAUAUUCUGGGAAUUGAUCUCAGCAGCGCCCUUCUCCCCGAAGACGUUCCUCCAAACGUAACGUUCGAAAUCGCCGACGCCACAGAUCCCUGGCCCACACGCACCUACGACUUCAUCCACAUGCGCAGUUUGGCAGGUGGCGGCGUGCGCGACUGGGAUGCCCUCCUCACCGAAGCAUACUCGCAUCUGAAACCGGGCGGCCAGCUCGAAAUCACAGAGAUACGGCCGCACUUUUUCGAUGUUGAUCCCGAACAGGCUGAUCUGCCUACACAGGGAAAACCAGAGAUUGGUGCAGCGUGUAUAGAGUACGAAACAGUUUUCGUAAAGACGUGCAUCAACCUAGGCAUCGACUGCGAUCCGAUCCCCAGAGUGCCAAGUUGGUUAUCGAAAUUGGGGGCAGAGGUUAUUAGGGAGCGCGUGGACUGGUUGCCGAUUCAGAAUUGGGGGAGUGAUCCUGUUACGCAGCAGAAGCGCAAGGCUCUAGCUGAGAUGGUUGAGUGCGGGAUAGAGAAUUGGACGUUGAGAUUAUUUGGUCUUGGAGGAUGGGAGGAGAAAGCUACGAGGGCUUUGCUUGAUCGCGUUAAAGGCGAGAUGCAAGAUCCUAUGCUGCGCAGUUUAGCUAAAGUAACAUUCGUUACUGCGAGAAAGGGAUUGGGCAAUGGGAAGCAUACAUAA